UAGGACGUGGUUGUGUGAAUCUAUAAAUAGUUUUCAGAUUUACAGUUUUUAAACAUCCUGGUUACCCAAAACAAAAGCGAAGUUUAUAUCAUGUGGCCUCCGGUUAGCGAGCUUCUAAUGCCGUUACCAACUACUACAACCGAGGUCACACAAAAUGAUAUCCGACCAGACCUGCAAAGCGGACCACAAACUGUCGAUUGUCGUACAAGAGACAGACUUAGUAUUAGGCGAUCCUUGCGUCGAGUAGCUCGCACCGAACCGAUAUACAGGAGAGCGAACGACGUAAGGCAGCAACCCUACACGAUCAGCGCCACUCACCGGCACAGCGAUCCGACCACUACGGCCACGCCGGACCAGGACCAGACUUUACAUUUAGGAAUAACCAAUGACGAUAUACAAGCUGCAGGAAUUCUUAUGUUAUUUUCCAAGAGCCACGAGGUCCAAGGCGAAGUGAGCUCGCAACAAGAAGAGCCGGUAAAUCCUACAACGCAAAGCACAACGUUAUCCAAUAACAGUGCAUCGUCGCCUAACAACUGCACAGCUCCGACAAAUUGGCUCCAAACACUACGAAGGCAGGCGCGGCAGAGACUGUUGCGGGUUCUUCGUAAUUUAACGAUACCGCCGUUUGAAUUGCCGCGCGAGGGUCGAGGUUGGAAGAGCGACGUGAACGUGCACUUGAUGAUGUCGUGCAUGAUGGUGACGCGCGUGGUGCCGAGCGCGCCCGUGCCGCUGGUGCUGCAGCAGGCCAUGCACGUGGCGGGCCAGCUGGUGAACCUGGCGCACCUCAAGAAGAUGCCCAAGGAGCAGGACAUCUGCUGCGCGGACUGCGGCGCGCUGCCCGCGCUGCCUGUCACCCCACACUGCGGACACACCCGAUGUAUACAAUGCAUCAAAAGCAAUUCGUCGUGUGCGUGCGGCGAGGCGGCGCCGGCCGAGCUGCAUGUCGACACCUGCGUCCAGCACCUGAUUGGCAAAAUACUGUCCAACAAACAACCGUCCAGGGUUGCCUUGAGAACAUCGGAGCGACCACCUGUUAGAGGGCAGCCACUGCAUGAUUUCGUCUGCGCGAUUCUCGGCAGGGUUAUACAAGAGAAUUGUCAAGCAUUGGCACGCCGUCGUACAGUUGCACAACGCUUGUCGCGUGGCCUUCGCGUCUCACUUACCAUCUCUCCUGAUAGCUUCACCGCGCCCGACGUGCCGGCGCGCUUGCCAAUGACCCCUCAGGCGCGCGUGCUGCACGCUUGCGAGCUGAUCCGGCGGCAGCGGUACCUCGAGGCGGCGGCGCACCUCGUGCGCGCGGCCACCUAUGAGGACUUUGACGUCGCCAGGAAACUGCUCGUGCAGACAAUAGCAAUACUCCUAGAGGAACAAGAGCCGGAGCGUCUAGUCCGCGAGCUAUCGUCAGCGGUGGGCGGGCAGGCGGCCGACACGUGGCUCACGCCCGCCGACCUGGAGUGUGUGCUCUGUCGCGACACGUUCGUGGCGCCCGUCACCACGCCGUGCGGCCACACCUACUGCCGCAGCUGCAUCGCCUGCUCCAUGGACUACAGGAAGGCCUGUCCGCUGUGCAUGCGCGACCUCACCAACUUCAACCUGGCCCUGACUCGACCAUCAGGGUUCAUCAGCGCGGCGUUGGCGUCUAUCAACUUGCGACCGCCGCCGCCGCCGCCGCACGACCCGAACGUCGUGCCGGUGUUCAUCUGCGUCACUGCGUUUCCUAAAGUGCCAUGCCCGCUGCUGAUCUCCGCGCCGCGCUACCGCGUGUUCAUCCGGCGGAUCCUGGAGUCCGGCUCGCGGCGCCUCGGCAUCGUGGCCAGGAACGAGGACCACACCGACUCAUAUGGAACGAUGCUGGAAGUACGCGACUGCGUGGAGUGCGGAGACGGGCGAAUCAUCUUGUCGACAAUCGGCGUCUCGCGAUUCAAAAUUGUCGAACGGCUGAUGGACAGUUGCUUGGCCAGGGUUGAGACUCUGACCGACAAGAUCCCCGAAGACCACUUCAUCAUAGGCAUAAUGCGCGACGUGGGUCUCGACGUCGUGCUGAAAUCGCUCAUCUGGCUCAAGAAGUUGAAGAAGAGCGUGCGCUGGAAGCUGGAGCGAGCGUUCGGCAAGAUGCCGCUGACUGUGGAGGAGGAGUGGUGGCGCAACCCCGACGGGCCCGACUGGCUCUGGUGGCUGGUGGCUAGUCUACCACUCGCUCCUGAACUGCAGAGCAUGAUGAUCGCGAGCAACAACCUGAUGACGCGGCUGCGCGUGAUGCAGCGCACGCUGCAGCUGGUCACCAAGAUGCCCGCCACCAGCCCCUUCGCCUAUUCGCCGCUGCGGGACGACGCGCAGUAGCCGCCUGAACCACUACUCCCAACCAGGGCUCUGGCUCUCAUUGUGAUUGUUACUACUUCACCCAACGGCACUCGCUAAUCUAAUCAUAAUAACAUUCCAUGCAACGCACCAACCUAUAAAACUAUUCCUUAAGCCAAGAGUUCUGUGCGUGGUUCCUGUAGUCGAGUCAUACGAGUAGUGCUCACCUAUUCCGAUCUCUACAUCGUGUCAGUGGCCGUAGUAUUGUGUGUUGUGCCUCAAUAUAAACUGUUCGUUACGAUAUGUAGAGUGACACUUCUUGUUCGUAUUUCCAUCGUAAGACUGUUUUUAGUUAAGGUUUAUUGUUAAGUUUUUAUUCAAAUGUAAAUGCCAUGAAAGAGAAGGAAACUAUUUUUGGUUUAUUUAGUUUAUCGGGAGAUGUUGAUUAUUGAUUGCAUUUAAUGCCUAUGUUUGUUCCCUUUAUGUAAGAAAUUGUAUUUUAUUGAAGUUACAAUAUAUUUUUUUGGUAUAAGUAAUAUGAAUGCAUAAUUUCUCUUGUAAUUCCAUUUAUACUUCGAUAAUUACUAGUGUGAUAAGACUCUUGUUUAAAUUUGUAUUCCUUGUAGCGUGAUUGACAUUUAAAACACUGGACGAUUUAGUAUAGUAUUGACUUAUAUAUUUUAAUUAUAAUUCUAUGUACCUAUUUGGUUCAUAAAAGGCAAACCAGGGGCCUAUUGCAUAACAAUUUACAACUCAUAUUACAAGCGGUAGUCCCCCUCCAAUUCAUUUUAUAAGAAAGAGAGUUCCGCUUGUAAUACAAGUUGUAAAUUGUUAUGCAAUAGGCCCCAAAUGGUAUCUGAUUAAACAAGUUCUUAGUAAUCACCAUACUGUUAAACGUGACCAAAAUGUACCAGGGUGUCAAAUUUAGAUUUUUUAAUAAUAGUAUAGGUAUAGAAAUUUUCAAAACUUAUUUCAGAUCAAACCAUUAAUUGGUUUAGCGCAUCAUACACAGCUUUGUGCGCAUAUUGUGCCCUUAUAAUAUAAGCACAUACAAGUAGCAAUUAGAAAUAAUGGCAAUUACUAAUAUGCAAUACACUAUGUGUUACUUUGAGAGAAUGAGCCUUAGUAAUAUGAAUAUAUACGAGUGAUGUCUAGUAGCGGUUGUAGAAGUAGCGUGUGUAUUUGUGUGUAUUCUAUCCAUUUUAGUAUUUUACGCGCUAAAGCGCAAGCCCAUUAGGUGUCGGGCAGGACUCGAAAUCUCAAUUUUCUAACAGUGCAUAUUGAUCCUGAUAUUAUCUGCAGAAAACCUAGUACCUGACUGCUGAACAGUUUUUGCCUUGGCCAGUUUUUUAUCAGUACAUACAUACAUAUAUGAUAAUCGUCAUACAGUACUAGUACCAUUAAGAAUUGUAGGGACCAUACGAAUAUUUUAGUAUACAUAUUUUCAAAUAAAGUAGCAAUUAGUUAAUAUAAAUACUUGUUUUAAGUGAAACAUUCAUUUCAAGUCAUAUUCGAAUUAUCGUUAUUAAAAACAGAAAUACCCCGUUGAGGAGUUAAAACAGUGUAUGUGUCGGUAAAAACCUGGUUGUACUAUCAGCUGCAAAAGUGCAUGGAGAAAUUAUGAAUUAAUUCAUUGAUAAAUUCGCCAUCCACUUUUGCAGCUGAUAGUACAUUCGUGUUAGAGGCAGCUAUGAUCUCAAUGCUCAUCAGAUCUUUCUGUAGCUAAUCUCGGAACAUGUUUAGGUUGUUUAGUGGUUACUUUAAUGAUUAGUACUAAACUUGUACGAUACUGACUAGGAGUUCAACAAAGCUGAUGAAUCGCUGUGAUGAUGAUGCCGAUAUAAAACGGCAUUUUAAAUGUGAACCCUUUUCUAUGACUUCUUAACUGUCUCGGUAAGUGUAUUUUUCACGUUUUUACUAUAAUAUAUAAUAAGUAUUUCAGUAGUUGUCCUUGUUGUUUCAGAACUGUAUUUUAUUUUACCUCUAGAUAAGAAUGAAUGUAUGUAGAGGUGCUCAUUAAUUUUUUGUAGUUUUGUGUCGCAAUGUUUAGAAACAUUAUGAAGCAGUGUCCUAUAAAAUUGUAAUAGUUGUUCCCUGAACACGCAUUCGUAUUUAUUGCACAUAAGUAUGUAGUUAGUAACAGAGGAUAAUGGAGUCCUAACACAAUUCAUAUGACUAGAAUACCGAAUUCAUUAUCUGGGAUUUCUCACUGUAGACCGCGGGCCAGGCGGAAACACUUGAUUAUCGCUUCCCGUGCGAUACUUCAUAGAAUUGUUAAUGGCCAUGAAUAAUAUACUUUGACGGCGUUUCAUAAUUUGACACAUAAUAGUUUAGAAGAUAUGAACAAAAUCAAUCGUCCGCCAGUUGUAUCGUGAUGGACAAACCGUCAGCUGGUUGCAUGAACAUGUAAAAUAUAAGCGUCCUAAAUCUUAAAAUGUUUUGUCUUCCUGGCCUUACAAAAUAAUCAUUUCAAUUGUAUUCUAAUAAAAAGCCAAAUUGAAAUAGAGUUGCAAAGUUUCUUAAUUUUGUUACUCGCAUCGUAAAGUAUAUUUUCGGGUUCGUGUGUCCAGUUGACGGUUUAUUCACCACGAUAUACAACCGACUGACACCAUUUUCUGUCCGCAAAGUAUGAAACAUUGACUGAAAUGACAUUUAUUUACAUGUUUCGGUGGUUACCAUUCCUCACCGCCGACAAAGUGCCAGCUGACUGCUGCUGCUCAUUAUUCAUGAUCGUUAACCACGCGUAAGUACCGCGCGGGAGGCGAUUGGUCAUGAACUUGUUCGUGGCUCGGGGUCUACUGGCGCGCAAACAACACCGCCGAAUUGGUCAGAAUAUUAAAAAUACUGUUUUACAUCUAUGAUUUCGCUUAGUUUUAUAGUUAAAUUGAAAUUUGUGAUCUUUUUUUUUUAACUUCUGAAGCAUACUAAAUGUCUCGUUAUUUUUCGAUAGUGAAAAAUUUAUAUGGAUCCCAAGGCUAACAAUAAAUGUAAUGACCCUCCAAGCAAGAAACUGCGAUUAAAUUUGAUGUUUACCGAUCCGCUGAAGUUAAAUUAAAAUCAACAUAUUUCAAUCACAUUGGAUGUUUAGUAAAUAAUCACACUGUUUUGUUUAAUUGUACAAUUAUAAGCACUGUUUUGUUUUAUACGUACCUGCGCCUUAAAACAUAUAAGUAAGAAUCGAUCACAUAGAAGCAUUGUUUGUGCAACUCCUUUAUAUGCCUGUGUGUUCGGACCUUAACGCGACACGGUAACUAACGAGUACUUUUAUGUAACUUUUUACUAUUAUUAUAAGAUUUUCAAAGAGCUUUUUGUCCAGACCUACGUAUUACAUAAAUCACUUCAAUAGUUUUCAGACGCUUCACAAACAUUCAGGUGUCCCAAAACUAAUUGUGGCUAGUUAAAACAGUAAGAUACAGCGUGAAGCUUCUUUAUAUUUUAAAACACCUUCCUUGGACUUGAAUGUUAUGGUACGUAGUUCUUGUGCAAAAACUGUCGAGAUGUUAGCAGUCACGAUUUCAGUUGUAAUAAAACUCAUGAGUAAUAA